CAUAGAUCCAGGUUUUAUUGUUGCAAAUUUGUUGAUCGAGCUAACGGGAGGCAUACAAUUCAAAUUAUUGCCUGUUACAGUAAAUACAUUUUUGCAAUUACUUAUUCCUCCAGACUUUGGUUUUGACUUUCAUCCUUGUAAUAAUAACAGGGGGAAAAAAAUCCCAACAUGUACAAAUCCCUUUCACUUGAUUUUUUGAUGUGCUACUCCCCUCUGUUGGUGGCAGAGGUGACAUGCAGCCAUAUACCAAGUGAUGUGCAGUACAUUGACCAAUUAACUGCUAUGAAGUUCAGGAUUAACUAGCUUCUAAACAAAACUUUGAUUUAGUGCUGAAUGUGUUUACAGAAUGUAUAUGCAGUGUCCAGUGAUGAGUAUAAUAUUUUUCAAUGAUUUAAUGUGAGCCCAUAUUCACUGGCGAUUCAGUGGCGACAGAGAGAGAGCAAGAGAUACAAUAAUUAUUUUUUAGCUUUCUGCCUGUUGCUGCUUCCUCUUUUUAUCUCACGGUGUCAUUUGCAUGUAUGUUUUGUUUUGUUUUUUCAGCUUCCCGUGACUUUGUUUUCAGCAGGUUCCUCACAUACUUUGGUCUCGCUGUCACAUUAACUGUACUCUGUAUUCAUUUCGACAGGGACUCAGCAACAUGAAAAGGAUGAAGUGGUGGCUUCUCUGUUGGCUGGUCCAGUCUUUGGUGUCUCAUAAAAUCACCUGUAAAUAUCUUGAUAAAAAUCAUGGUUCAGAUGAUGGUCAGAAUCAAGGACCAGAUCAGGGUCCAAAUCAAGGAUCAGAUAAGGGUCCAAAUCAAGGACCAGAUAAGGGUCCAAAUCAAGGAUCAGAUAAGGGUCCAAAUCAAAGACCAGAUAAGUGUCCAAAUCAAGGAUCAGAUAAGGGUCCAAAUCAAGGACCAGAUAAGGGUCCAAAUCAAGGAUCAGAUAAGGGUCCAAAUCAAAGAUCAGAUAAGUGUCCAAAUCCGGAUCAAAAGUGUAAAAAGUCCAAGACAAAAAAAACAGGGGUUUCAGAUGCCAGAUGUUGUAUGGACGAUGUAAACAGCAUUUUGAAAAAUGGAAACCACCAUGAUGCUAUCAAAGCCAUUGAGAUGCUAGAAGACUAUCUAGAGGAAACAGAGGUGGAUGAGACUACGUCCAUGUCUGUCAGCCAGUUGGUGACCAUCCUGUACAAACCCAAAGGCCCCUUCACAGGCCUUGAUAUUUAUGCUAGUGAGAAUGAGGCAAUGUCAGACAAGGCCACGAGCAACAGCAAAGUGAUUGUUCGACUGCCGAGAGAGAUGGAUGCUGGAUCAAACAACACGAUUGUGUUCUGCAUGGCUACCUGGCCUGAAACAAACGCGACCACAUGGGGAGCCUCAGAUGUAUUAUAUGAGAGAAGACUGGUUGGCCUGAGUGUGCGGGGCAAGAAUAUUUCGGGACUGCAGGAACGCGUCAACAUCACAAUGAAUCUUACUACGGGCAUAAAUGAGACCCAAAAGCCUGUGUGUGUGUUCUUCAAUUUUUCAACAGAGGCAUAUAGCAGUAAUGGCUGCCUAACCCUGUGGGAACGUGGUCAGAGUCACAUCACCUGCUCCUGUGACCACCUCACAUACUUCGGUGUGCUCAUGGUGUCUGCUUCCCUCCCACCUACAGACCUGAAGAUUCUCACAUACAUUACUCUGAUUGGCUGUAGUCUUUCUCUUUUUGCCCUGGUCAUCACUGUCCUGCUCUUCAUCACAAAUAAAAAAAUCAGAGCAGACGUCUCUAUGAAGGUCCACAUCAACCUCGCCAUUGCCCUGAUCCUCCUGAACCUGCACUUACUCCCUAGUCAGACAGUGGCAGCGCAGUCCUCCACUGGGCUUUGCCUUUACAUGGCCCUUUCUCUUCACUAUUCCCUGCUGGCCACUUUCAGCUGGAUGGCCCUGGAGGGGUUCCACCUCUACAUUCUCUUAGUCAGAGUCUUCAACAUCUACAUCAGGAGAUACUUGCUCAAACUCAGCUUGGUGGGAUGGGGCAUCCCUGCAGUCAUUGUGUCCCUGGUGGUCAUCAUAGACAGAGACGCGUAUGGUCGUGUCCCUCUGGACUUGUCUAACUCCAACGGCACUGCAAUAUGCUAUAUAGGCGAUAACACAAUAAAGAUGGUGACUACAGUGGGAGUGUUCAGCUUGGUGUUCUCCUUUAACGUCAUCAUGUUAGGGGUGACAGUCGGACGCAUUGUGAGGCUCUGCAAGACCAAAGAGUUUGGGCAGCGUGACAGUAAGAGAGCCAAGCGAGACGUCUGUACCCUGUUGGGAGUCACCACUCUGCUUGGCAUUACCUGGGGCCUGGUCUUCUUCUCAUUUGGCUACCUGACCACUCCUGGCCUCUACCUCUUCUGCAUCCUCAACUCACUGCAAGGUUUCUUCAUCUUCCUGUGGUUUGUGAUGUCAUUGAGAAAGUCUGGAAACGCGGCUACUGAGACGAGCACUGAAACACGUAGCACCAACAUCCAAGCCUAAACCCAACACCCCAAGACAUUUCUUUUGUGUCUGCUAGUGUCUGUGUGUGUUGGGGAGUUUUUCAUUAUUAUUUCUGCUUUAGAUCAGGAUGUUUUUGUGUACAACAAUGUAGCAGAGAAUCAAAUAUGCUAUCUAGAGUUAACUAAUGUCGGUGACUCUAAUAGUAAAUGUGAAAUACUUUAACCACUCACAGUUUUAGUGCUAUUUUUAAAGUUUUGUUGUUAAUCUCAUACCCUGCUGUGCUUAUAAAAGGUGAGGGGUUUGUCCAUCCUCUAUACCUAGCAUUCUUCUACUUCACCCAUUCUGUGCACACCUGUGCGAACAUGAGAAGAGCACAUUGACACAUGUUUUUACUUUUACUAUCUCACUCCUUUUAGUGAAAGGUUUAAGAGAGAAUGGUGCAGUGAGGAGAUCCCAGAGUGACGGUUGAAGAAGAGGGAGAAUGCAUGAAUGAAAGUAUGUAUUCUGGCAAUGAUGCAUGUGCAAAUGCAUCCUCUCCCACUGGAGUUGUCCAGAGGUGAGAGGGAAAACUGCAGUAAAUAAAGUCAUAUGUUUUUCACAAUGCCA